UAACUUUCAAGCAAUUUCGAACUAUUUCUGUUUGGUUUAUCAUUUCAUACUCAUAAAAAAAAACAGAUAAAUAGAGAUCUCUACUUCACGACCUUACAGAUCCCACGAUUAAGGGACAAAUUAGUUAAGUUAUUAUUAUAUUAUUAAUUAAUUAAAAAUUAAGAAAAUAUGACCGCUGGGUUCGGCUGCUGCUGUUGUCGCUGCUGCUCCUGCAUUGACACCAGCUACUACAAGGAGGCUGACAGCUGGAUCAAACUCACGCAGAUGUUGUUAUCAGUGCUGUGCCAGUGGCUGUGCAUGGGAUACGGAAUGCCGUACAGCAGCAGCUUGGGCGCAUCGUACAGCGUGUACCUCACCACAUGUUCAGCCGCCAUCCUCACCACUGCUGUGCUACUCAUCACCUACACCACAUCCGCCACAUCCAGGGCUCUCGUGCGCAAGUCAUCAUACGAGACAGUGUACCACAGCCUGUCGAGCUUCCUGUUCCUGAGCUCUUCUUCGUAUUUGUCGUGGGCCGUACAGAGCGUCUUGUGGCCGCUCUACAUGAACCUCUCCUACCACGCCGCCUACGUACCCAUGUGUGUCUGCUACGUGAGUGUCUCUAGGUCUCCUACCACGCCGCCUACGUGCCCAUGUGUCUGCUACGUGAGUCUCAUACGCAGCCUACGUGCCCAUGUGUGUCUGCUACAUAUGAGCGGCACAAACGCGCAGUAG